AUGACUUCAGCAUCACCAGUUGUCUAUCACUACUUCAAUAUUGGUCGCCUGGGCCGCGGCGAAGUGAUCAAGCUUUUCAUGCAAGAUGCUGGGAUUGAAUUCAAAGAGGUUCGCUAUUCACUCGACGACACGUGGGCCAAGGUCAGCAAAGACCUACAGGCGCAAGGCAAAUCUCGGACUGGAAAAGUCCCUAUCCUCGAGAUACACGGCUUGACACUCACUCAACACCUCCCUAUUUUGCGUUAUCUCGCCCGAGACCUCGGUCGAUACGACGGGGAGACCAACGCUGAGAAGUACCUCGUUGACGCCGUAGCUGACAUCUACAUUGAUUGGAGAUCUCGUUGGGUCAAAAACCUGGAUGAGAAGACUGAGGCGUACAAAGACGGAUUUGUCCCUGAAAGUUACAAGGUCUUGGGCGAGUACUACGACGAUUACACGGGCCCGUAUCUUCUAGGCGACAAGGUCACCUACGCCGACUUCGCGGUCUACCAGGCCAUCGAUAAUGAUGAGAGAACAGGCACUCUUCCUUCCACUCUUCCGGAGUCGCUUCGCACAUUCAGGGUUGCUUUUGAACAGCGGCCGAACAUUGCCAGUUACAUCAAGGAGAACCUGCCGGGCGCAAAGUGA